AGGGGGAACGGACCACGGACCUUUCAUUGGGCAUCGGGACUCUGUGGUGUGUGCGUGUGCGUGUGCGUGUGCGUGGUGUGUCUCUCGGCCUGUUCGUCUGUCUGCCCCUCCCUCCCUGUCUCGAAGAUGCGGUCAGUGGCGUAUUCCUGCAUUCUCGUGCUGGUGGAGGUGGUUGCAGCGUUCAGCCAGGCAGUCAGUGGCGGCCCUGACCUGGGAUUCCACGCCGGCUCGCACUUCCGCCAAGAAAUUAAAGAAAAUGAUGGCCUGACGCGAGGAGAGUAUGGCUUUAGGACGCCCGAUGGUUGCCUGCAUGUGGUAUCCUACGAGGCGCAUCCUGUGAGAGGCUACAGAGUCCUGGGCAGCAAUAAAAGGGACUGCAGUUACGUCAUUACCACAAGACCACCACCAACCACGAGACGACCACCAACCACGAGACCAACCACCACUGGAAGGACGACCACCACCACCACCACCACCACCACCACUACCACGACCCCUCGUCCCCUCAUCACCACCACCUCCACCACCUCGUUGCCCAAGCUGCAGCCUAUCGUGGACAAUUCCAUCACAACAGAGGCGCCUCAAGCCAAGCAGCUGCAGCCCGGCCCAACAUUUAUAGAGGUGGAGGAGAAGGACACCAAGCCCAAGCCCCUGUACACCUUCGGCUACACCACGUCCACGCACGGCCACACGGAGUCCGGCCUCCCUGACGGCUCCAAGAAGGGCGAGUACUACUGGGAUGGACCUGACGGCUACAGGCGCAUCGUUACCUAUGAGGCCAAUGAAAACGGAUUCUUCCCCAAGUUACGAACAGUUAGGAUCCCUACCACCACAACUACUACCACUACCACCACCACCACCACCCCGCCACCAGCUCCCGGGCCAGUGGUGAGCAAGGACCUGUUGGGGGAGCUGCCGCCGCCAGCAGGAGGAUGCCCUUACUUCUUCUACUACAACACCAGAAUGAACUACCACUGGGAGCGCUGCCUGGAGAACCACACCAAGGUCGGGGAGUACGGCCACCUGGGCUCUGACGGCUACGUGCACAAGACAGAGUACCGGGCUGACAUCACGGGCUUCCACCCCCGCCUCACCAAGACGCCGCUCACUCCCCAGCAGGAGAACGUGGUGGCGCAGUACAGGGAAGGGGCGUUCAUCAUCCCCAAGCCGGAUGAAGAGCGACGAGACACGGAGAAGCGGAUCCUGGCCUGGCUGGACGAGAACCGAGAAUUAAUAGAACAACCGCUGAGGUGAGCCGGACCCGGAUUCGAAGCCCCCUCAUGCAUCUCUCGUCCCAUGCAAUUCCCCUCCCCCCCUCCCCGCCAUUACGCGCCUAAUCAUACCGCACAUCCUCCCCCUUUAUACUUAGCCUUUGUUAUAAUAUAUCUAGUGUUUUUAUAGAGGAGUUUGUGUUUGUGCAACGUCGUGUAGGCCGGUGUGUUGUUGAAUGCUUCAGUCUGAGGUUCAUUCUUGAGUCUCGGAGCAUCGUGAAGUGUUUUGUAUCUUAGUCAUUUUGGUUAGUGACUAAUUGUGUGUUCCUUGCUUUAAUUGUUGUACUGUGCUGGAUAUUAUGAGGGAUUAUAGUCAUUCUCUCUCUCUCUCUCUCUCUCUCUCUCUCUCUCUCUCUCUCUCUCUCUCUCUCUCUCUCUCUCUCUCUCUCUCUCUGUAUAUGUGUAUUCUAUAAAUAAAGGGUGUGAAAAAUGACAAA